CCUUCUCUUCUUUCUCCCUGCGCUUUCGUUCGUACUCUUCCCAUUUACGCUUCUCUUCCUCCUCUUCCUCCUUCUCUCGGCGCUUGAAUUCCUCGUAUGCUUUCUUCUCUUUCUCCUUCUUCUCCCUAGCUUCGCGAUCAAUCUUUUCGCGAAACGCCUGCUCCUCCUCUUUCCUCUCUCGUUCUGCUUCGGCCUUCUUCAACUCCCAUUCGCGCUCGGCUGCCUUUUGCUUGGCUUUAGCUUCCUCUUCUUUUCGCUUCAUGUCAGCUAGAAUCUGCUUAUCGUGCCUCUCACGCUCAGCUUCCUCUUUGUCUCGCUUGGCCUCUGCUUCCAAUUGCUCGAUCUUGAUUCUUCUGCGAAUGUUCUCCUCCUCUUCCUUUCGCCUUGAUUCUCGCGACAAAUCUCUAAGUUGUGCUUCUCGCUGGGCCAACUGCCAAGCAGCAAAGUCGUUUGGAUACCCGCCCGGCAUUUGUGGUGGACGAUCGAAGCCCGACGCAUCUGAUCGACCACGAGAUCGCGAACGGAAACGGUGCUCCAGUGCCAUUUCGGCAAGGUCUUCCGCGAGCUCGUCGCCCAGUCUGUCUCCGAGCCUGCUUCUUCCACGGCCACGACCUUCCGGUGAUGCUCGCGGCGAUGCUCUUCGAGAGCCCGGGGAAGGUGGGUAAGGGUAAGGUGCAUAUGGCAUUGGCAUAGGUGAGCCGUCCUGCUCUACGCGAUUGUAGACAUUGAUUGUCGGAGCUGGACCGUGACCUGUAGAUCUGCUCCUAUGAAGUCCACCUCCAGCAACUCCAGCCAUGAGGAAUCCUUCGCGAUCUGUGGUGUGCAUAUGGUGAGGUGAAGGUCGCCGUCUCUGCCUACGACCAUAGUAGUCGUAAUCGCAACCGUCGUCACCCCAGUAGUCACCCAUCUUGACUUCCUCCUGUCCUGUGCAACCUCUCAAGAGAUGGGCCUGCUUGGCUGUUUAGAGUUGUAUGACCGCUUUGCGAAGAAGUGUAGUGGGGCAAGACCGGUGAGGGCAGGCAGGAAUGUGAAUAGACGGGCACCUCAGUACCGUGAGCCUGGAAAAUUAGAGGCGUUUAAUCACCCGAAGCUCGCCGGCCAACUGCUUUCAGCUGCAGUGGGGGCCCGGAAGGUCAUGCACGAGCGGAAGAGCGUCGAUGGAGGGUCAGGUCAGGCGAGUAACACCUUUAUCAACCUGGCCAGGCCAGGCGUGUGGCAGACUGAGCUAGGCCGGCAUGACACACUCACACUCAUUAUUCAUCGGCCAGCUGCCAAGCCGCAGCAUGUGCAUCGCUGUCUCACGCCUGCCCUCGCCCUCCACAAAGCAUCGUGCCUGGCGAACAACAAGGGACGGCCAGAAUAA